AUGAGCGUCGAACUCAUCGCGGAUGCCAUCGGCGUUCCCGUCUGGGCCCUCGUGCCCGUGGCCCUCGCGGCCGCGGCGGUGUUGGUCUUCAUCCUCGACGGCCUCUCGCACUCCGUGCUGAAGCCCGGCAAGAGCCCCCCGGUCAUCGGCACCACGCCCGUCUUCGGCGGCAUGCUCGAGUUCCUCAAGGGACCCAUCGGGCUGAUGGCCAGGGCCUACCCCAAGUACGGCGAGGCAUUCACCGUCCCGGUGUUCCACAAGCGCAUCACGUUCUUGAUCGGCCCUAAGGUCUCGGAGCACUUCUUCAAGGCGCGGGACCAGGAGAUGUCCCAGAAGGAGGUGUACGAGUUCAACGUGCCAACCUUCGGCAAGGGUGUCGUCUUCGACGUGGACCACAUCACCCGCGCGGAGCAGUUCAGGUUCUUCGCCAACUCGCUCAAGUCCGACCGACUCCGACAGUACGUGGGCAUGAUGGUCAAGGAGGCUGAGGACUACUUCGCCAAGUGGGGCGACGAGGGCGAGGUGGACCUCCUCGACGCCCUCUCCGAGCUCAUCGUGCUGACCGCGUCCAGGUGCCUCUUGGGCCGCGAGAUCCGCGAGACGCUCUUCUCCGAGGUGACCACCCUCGUUCACGACCUGGACAAGGGCAUGGUCCCUCUGUCCGUGUUCUUCCCCUACGCCCCCAUCGAGGCGCACCGUAAGAGGGACAAGGCGCGCAAGGAGCUCGCGGCCAUCUUCGACAAGGUCAUCCAGGGCCGGAGGGAGAGCGGCGCCGUGGAGCCCGACGUCCUCCAGACGUUCAUCGACGCUCGGUACAAGGACGGCAGCAGGCUCUCGAACGACCAGGUGUUGGGCAUGCUCAUCGCGGUGCUCUUCGCCGGGCAGCACACGUCCUCCAUCACCUCAACCUGGACGGGCCUGCUGUCCAUCGCCAACAAGGAACGCAUCUUCCCCAACCUGGAGAAGGAGCAGAAGGACGUGAUGGCAAAGCACGGGGACAAGAUCGACUUCGACAUCCUCGCCGAGAUGGACGAGCUCCACUUCUGCAUCAAGGAGGCGCUCAGGAUGCACCCGCCCCUCAUCAUGCUCCUCAGGCAAUGCCACGUCCCCUUCGAGGUGGAGACCACGAAGGGCAAGAAGUUCGUCGUCCCCAAGGGGCACAUCGUCGCCACGUCCCCGGCGUUUGCGCACCGCAUGGACGAGGUGUACUCCGAGCCCAACGUGUACAAGCCCGAGCGAUUCAAGGGCGAAUCGCCCGAGGACAAGAGGGCCUACGCGUCGUUCAUCGGGUUCGGAAGCGGCAGGCACGGAUGCAUGGGAGAGACGUUCGCGUACAUGCAGAUCAAGACCAUCUGGUCGCACCUGCUCCGAAACUUUGACUUCGAGCUCGUGGGCAAGCUCCCGGAGCCCGACUACGAGGGGAUGGUCGUCGGCCCCAAGCACCCGUGCACCGUGCGGUACAAGCGCCGCAAACUGUGAGGGGCGACACGGUAAAUACACCGCCGCGCCCAGCUCUCGCGUGAUUACAUAUAUAUAACUUUUAAUGCCAUGCGCUCAUCAUCUCGCGA